AUGUUGAAGCCUAAGGCGUUAUUGAAACAUUCAAAGGCCAAGAAAAAAACCCAGCAGGUUCUUGAGACCGCCGAUGAUUUCCAGGCAGCCGGAGUGGAUUUUGAGGAAGCUGCCGGCAAAUGGAGGGCAGGUGACGCCGUAAAGUCACUGCGAUUCUUUGCCAAAGCCGUCGAUGUCUACAACCAAGGAUUGCAAAAGUACCCCAGCAGCCUCGACCUUGCCUACAACAAAGCACGUACCCUGUUGGAGGUUGCCACUCACCCACUUCUAGUGGAUCAUCUUCCAAUCCCACUCGCGGAUGCUUUACAACAGGCCUUGGAUGCCCAUCAAUAUGCUUUGAACCUCGAUGGUGACAAUCCCGACACCCUCUUCAAUACCGCCCAAGUAUUGACCUCUAUCGCUGAGCUUCGUGCUGCCAACGGAGCCGAAGGUGAUGCAAUCAGAUUCUUGGAAGACGCACUUGAACUUCAAUCACGCUGUCUAGCUGUCCAAGAACUCAAGCUUGAGGAAUCAACGCAACAACAAAAGGAAUAUGACGCUCAGCCUCAACCCACCAUCAACUCCGGCGCCGAUGAAUCGCAAGCAGCUGCGACAAGCACAAUUGGUCAACCGGAUCCAGCUGAAGAACAGUGGUUCUCCAUUGUCGAGCCUAUCACUACCGAUACCCUGGUCGACACCGUUCUUGCUCAAUUGGGCACUUUGACCACUCUCUGUAGCAUUCUGUCAUCUGCAACCAUUCACGCAUCUUCCAACGGGCUUGCAUGGAUCGAGGAAUUUUCCUCAAAACUCAUCGGUGCAAAAUUAGCACAUCUUCUCAAAGAAGCUGACUCCGAACGCCUUCAGGAGGCUGCCUUGGCGAGAGCAAACCUCAUGUCUCACCUAUUGGCAGCCGGCUAUAGACUCGGCUCUCUAGACUCCUCAACGUACAAGAGGGAGCGUGAUGAAGCUUUCCAGGCACCAGAGUUGAAAAUGGAUCAAUCGUAUGCUUCUUUGACUGCCAACGCACAAAGUCUCAUUCUCUUCAAUUCAGCAUUGAUGGAAACCCAACGGUCGGAUUCUGUUUCACAAUCAUCCCAGCGAUGGAAUGCACUGUCCGCCGCUGUCAAUCUUCUGGCUGCAGCCGCAAAAAAAUCAGACCCUGUUCCCGAUGAGAUAGCCGACACUCACCUGAAUCGUGGAAAUAUUUCGCUUCUGUUGUACCAGUUGGGCCAAGCUCCUGUCUUCUAUCAGCAAGCUAUCUCCAAUGCGGCUCAAAUUCUCAAGAACGCAGAGGUCUUUUAUCGCAAUGCGAGCAAACUGUUCCAGUCAACUGAUGCGAGAGACAUAUCACAAUUUAGAGCAGCCAUCUCUCAGGCUCUUCAGGCACAGGUCUCUCUUCCUGAAGCUGCACUACAAUUCGGGCAAAACAAGGACCAAACUUGGAUUCAAACCCAGAUGGAAGACAUGGUUGAUGAAGGGCUAAUCACGAGAACUUGGUAA